GCAAGCGCCUGGCGAGCUGGGCUGGGAGGGGGCCCGGGCUGGGGGCUGGUGUUCCGGGUGGGCCGGGGGCGAGCCGGAACCCCGGGAGAGGGCGGGACCGGGCGGAGCUGGGCGUGGGGCGCAGCGAGGCUAGGAACCGACCUUGAGCUCGUCCCGCGUGGGGAGAGCAGAGCUCAGGGGGGGUGCCAGAGCCGGAGACUGGGAUAGCGAACUCAGGGCUGAGUGAGCGGAAGAGAGCCCGGCCUGAGGUCCAGGUGGUGCCGGAAUUCCUCUUUGUCCAGCUCAGGACUCCUGCUCUUUGUUGGCUGCUGCUUUUAACUAGAAAUGCUGUCACACAAGUAAAGACAUGGCCACUUACGGCCCAACAGGACACAUGCAACUGCCCCGAGCUGAUGCCAUUCGUUCCCGUCUGAUUGAUACUUUCUCUCUCAUCGAGCACCUGCAAGGCUUGAGCCAAGCUGUGCCACGGCACACCAUCCGAGAGAUACUUGAUCCUUCCCGUCAGAAGAAACUCAUGUUGGGAGAUCAACACCAGCUUGUGCGCUUCUCCAUAAAGCCUUGUCACGUAGGACGGAUCACACAUGGCCAGAGGCUGAUGAGUACCCUUCGAGUGCGCUGUAGCCAGAGGCCCCCUCUUUCCUUGUGGGCUGGAUGGGUUCUUGAGUGUCCUCUCUUCACAAACUUCAUCAUCUUCCUCAUCUUUUUGAACACGAUUGUACUGAUGGUUGAAAUAGAAUUGCUUGAAUCCUCAAAUGCCCAACUGUGGCCACUGAAGCUGACUCUGGAGGUGGCAGCUUGGUUCAUCUUGCUUGUUUUCAUCUUGGAGAUCCUUCUUAUGUGGAUAUCCAGCUUUUUCCUCUUCUGGAAGAAUGCCUGGAAUGUCUUUGACUUUGUUGUGACCAUAUUGUCCCUGAUUCCUGAAACUGUGGUUCUGGUAGGGGUAACAAGCCAUUCUGUCUGGCUCCAGUUGCUGAGGAUCUGCCGGGUGCUAAGGUCUCUGAAACUUUUUGCACGAUUCCCUCAAAUUCGAGUCAUUAUUUUGGCCCUGGUCAGGGCCCUCAAGAGCAUGACCUUCCUGUUGAUGUUGCUGCUCAUCUUCUUCUACAUUUUUGCUGUGGCUGGUGUCUACUUCUUCGAGAAUUACACCCGUUCAACUCGCCAGGACCUGGAGUAUCACAUGUUCUUCUCGGACCUGCUGAACUCCCUAGUGACGGUGUUCAUACUUUUCACCAUGGAUCAUUGGUAUGCACUGCUUCAAGAUACCUGGAAGGUGCCUGAAGUUAGCCGCGCCUUCAGCAGCAUCUACGUCAUUCUCUGGUUGUUACUUGGUUCCAUUAUCUUUCGAAAUAUCAUAGUAGCCAUGAUGGUUACUAACUUCCAGAAUAUCAGGAAUGAGCUGAACGAGGAGAUGACACACCUGGAGGUUCAGCACAAAGCUGACAUUUUCAAGCGGCAGAUCAUCCAGAGGAGACAAAACCUAUCUCCUGAGGCACAGAGAUCAAGUCUUAGCAAAAUGGAUGCCAGAGAUGUCAGUCAACAAGAGGAAUAUAUGGACUUAACAGAAGCUUCUGAAGAAGAGUCUAAACACAGUGCCACAAAAGAGGGUUCAAGAGCAUCUAGGUCAAAAAUAAAGAAGACCUUGUCAAAACCAAAAACGUCCACAUCUUCCACUUUCUUUUCCUCCUCUUCCUCAUCUUCAUCUUCCUACUGUUCCUCUUCUGACUCCAGAUAUGUUGAUCCUAUUGACAAUGUUACAGGCAUUUGAAUACAUCAGUGGAAUGAACAAGAAAUCCCUUCUGGUCCUAACAAGGCCAAAGUAAGAUCACCAAAUAAUAAAUGAUAAUUUACAAUAAGGCAGUGAAUUUGCCUCUUUCUGUUUUUCCCCAAAAUUAUCUUUCCAGCAGCCCAGAGCAAUGCAAUAAUAUCUGUUCAAAAACAUUUUUUUUCUAAGUAGAAACAUUUUAAGGUCUAAGGAUCAAGCCCCAAUGACAAUGCAUCCAUUAAUCUUCCAGCUUCCUUUUCACCCUUGCUUUGACUUAGUAUCCCUGCUUUAA